UUAUUUUCUAAUAAAUUUUUUAUUCGGUAUUAAUUAUUUUUGCUGAUUCUACCAAAAUUUUCUCCAACUCAAAACUCUCUCCUCCCUCCAACAAAAAAAAAUAAAAUCGAGAUUUAAAAACUUUUAAGAAGAUUUGAUUAUGAUUAAGAUUAAGAUUCCCAAUUAUCCUUAAUCCCCAACCACAAAUCUCAAAUCCUGCUUCUCUCUUGAAAUCACCAAAGAAAAAAAAAAAAAAUUGGAAAGAGAAACCAAUUCAAAUUUUGCUUUCUAUCUUUAAUUUAUGUUAAUUAUUAUUGAUUAAUGUUAAAUGUCAAACAAUAACCUCGGAUUCUCAAAAUGCCCUUUUACAUUGCUCGCCAGGCUCCUAAGCUCUGGAGAAAGAUUUGCACAGAAACGACAAUAGAAAUUUCGCUUGUUGCAGAGAAUCGGAAGCUGCUUCUUGCUGGAAUUGUUUUUCAGUACAUACAUGGAUUAGCUGCUCAUGGAAUUCAUUACUUACAUAGGCCAGGACCGACACUUCAGGAUGCUGGCUUUUUUCUUCUUCCGGAACUUGGCCAGGACAGAGCUUAUGUCAGUGAAACCUCAUUCACCUUCAUCUUUGCUUCUUUUGUGUUGUGGACCAUCCAUCCCUUCGUUUUCCAGAACAAGAAAAUCUAUACAGUUCUGAUAUGGUGCAGGGUCCUUGCCUAUUUAGUGGCUUGCCAGAUUCUUCGUAUAUUCACAUUCUAUUCGACUCAUCUUCCUGGUCCAAACUACCAUUGCCAUGAGGGCUCAAAACUUGCCAGGCUGCCCCAUCCAAAGAGUGCAAUUGAAUUGCUUGUGAUCAACUUUUCCAGAGGGGUUAAUUAUGGCUGUGGUGAUUUGAUUUUUUCAUCGCACAUGAUAUUUACCAUAGUUUUUGUGCGUACAUUCCACAAAUAUGGCACGAAUAGGUGCAUUAAGCAGCUUGCUUGGUUACUUGCAGUGGUUCAGAGCUUUCUUAUUGUGGCAUCUCACAAACAUUACACGGUUGACGUUGUUGUUGCAUGGUAUACUGUAAAUUUGGUAACAUUUUUUAUUGACAAGAAACUGCCGGAUUUACCUGAGCGGCCCACUGGACUAACAUCUCUGCCACUGCCACCUCAGAGUAGAGACUGGGAUAGCAAAAACAAAGAAGAGCACCAGAUACCACUAACUGGGGUAACUGUUGAGACUGCGGGUUGAUUAACGUGAGUGAUGCUAAUCAUUAUGACAGUUUUGCCUUGCCAGUGACAAUCUUUAGGCAAUUUGAUUUAAGUGCUUACCAAAUGGAGAGCAGAAAUGGAUUUUACUCAUGAGAUUGAAGCUAGGAGCAUAGAUGGCGGUUAAUUGUACAUAAAUGUCAGCACUAGCUGAAGAUAGCUCUGCUGAUGCUACCGCAUUGAAUAUGUGCCUAAAAUUUAUGUUUGGAAUAACUAGUCCUCAGCUUAGUUGCCAAGAUGGUCAAACCUCAGUAGCUUUAUUGUAUGGAGAAAUGGAAUGAAAUGUUUAGUUUUCUCA